AUGAGCUCGUUCUUUGGCAGGCUGCGCUCCAAUGCGCCACCCGCGAGCCCGUCGACGGCUGUUGCGCCGACGAAGAAGGACCCCAACGCGCCGCAGCCCACGCCGCUCGAGAAGCUGCUCGCCGCCGACACGAGUCCCAUCCGUGCCGAUGGCAGCGACAAGUUCUUCGGAUUCGAGAAUUUCGGCAGCACUUGCUACUGCAACUCCAUAAUACAAUGUCUUUACUACUCCACCCCCUUUCGGGAACAGGUCAUCAACUUCCCCAUCCGCUCGCCGCAAGACUCCCUCGCCGACCGCACCACCAACGGUUUGCCGCGCAUCAACACCGACCUCUCGAACGCCGGAGCCAAUGGACAGCAGAAUCCGCUGUCUCCAACGAGGCAGCCGUCGAGCGCGCAGCUGGCAUCCCCUAAGAAAUCAGGGGCCGGCCCAGGGGUGCCGGGCGUCCCGCCGGGCACCAAGCCCGAGGAGAACAAGGACUCGCCGGAAUACAAGAAGAAGCAGGCCAUGGCCGCGGGUCCCGUGCUAAACAUGGAUUACGAAAACUCCAAGGCGUAUGGGAUGCCCGAGUCGCUGUUUACGUCAUUGAAGGACAUCUUCGAGGCCAUCAUCGCGCACAGGUCACGGGUUGGUGUUGUGAGCCCGCAAAAGUUCUUGGAGAUACUUCGUCGCGAGAACGAAAUGUUUCGGUCUGCCAUGCACCAGGAUGCCCACGAGUUCUUAAAUCUGCUUCUCAACGAAGUCGUCGAAAACGUUGAGCAGUUCUCUCGGCAGCAACAGCAGCAGCAAAUCGAGCAGGAGUCAGCUGAACAUAGCGGAGAGUCUGACUCCGGACUAGCAGUGGCCAUGUCUCCUGUGUUGAGCAAUGCCGUCAAGAACGGUGCCACAAGCAAUGUGGGAUGGGUCCAUUCCCUCUUCGAAGACGAAGCCUUCCUGGACCUUUCGGUCGAUUUGGAGCAGAAUUCCUCGGUGACGUCGUGCUUGAAGCGAUUCUCGGAAGAAGAAAUGUUGUGCGAGCGCAACAAGUUCCACUGCGACAACUGCGGCGGCCUACAAGAAGCGGAAAAGCGUAUGAAAGUCAAAAGAUUACCACGGAUAUUGGCGUUGCAUCUGAAAAGGUUCAAGUAUACAGAGGACAUGCAACGGUUACAAAAGUUGUUUCAUAGAGUCGUCUAUCCCUAUUACCUUCGCCUUUUCAACACUACCGACGAUGCUGAGGACCCGGAUCGAUUAUACGAACUGUAUGCUGUUGUCGUUCACAUCGGAGGUGGAGCGUACCAUGGCCAUUACGUCUCGAUCAUCAAGACAGAGGACCGCGGCUGGCUGUUAUUCGAUGACGAAAUGGUGGAGCCUGUGGACAAGUCAUACGUGCGGAACUUUUUUGGGGGCGAAAACGUGCUGGCUUGCGCCUAUGUGCUCUUCUACCAGGAGACUACUGAGGAGGCGAUGAAGAAAGAGCAGGAAUCGGAAGCAAUAAGUCCUGUUGGUGACACAGUGUCCGUGCCACUGGAGUCGGUGUCGACGCCGAUUAAAACGGAGGAUGCGCUUUCCCCGCCCAUACGACCCGCCUCGCAGCCACCGCUAGAACAUGCCGCCACGUUUGGUGAUAGGGUUCGGGAGGAGAAAGAGCGCAGAGCAUCGAUCAAGGCUCAAGAAAAGGAGGCGGAAAAACUGGCGAAGGCGCAGCGUAAAGAGGAAGAAUCGAGAUUGAAGGAAGCACGAGCGAAACGCCAGGAUUUCUACAAGAAGCAGGAGGAUGAAAUGCGCCAGGUCAUGGCCCUAAGCAGGGCCACAGCUAAAGAGGAAGCGAAAAAUCGUCGAAGUAGUUCCGCGCAGCCAAGCUCUUCUCCCGACCCGCCCAAUGUUACCAAUGGCGGGGUGCAUAAAGACGAAUCGGAACAUGCUCCUCCCAAUACGGCCAGUACCACUGCUCCAUCUUCGACAGGCAGCGAGCCCCCAGCGGGCAAGGUCCCUAAAGAAAACGGCCACCAUGGCCGCCACAUCCACGGCAGCAAGAGCAUCAGUGGCGGUCUCAACCGUUUCCGCAAUUCCAGCAUCAGCCUUCGCCACAAGCCCAAAUUCUUCUCCGGCUCGGGCAAGGACUUCAGCUUCGAAGAGGCGCCCCCGACGCCUACACUUCCGCCGCAAUACCAGAAUAACGAACCACACACUCCCAAGCAGGAGACGCCUGUUGCUCCCACCUUUGCGAGCCCGAAAUGGAAUCCGGAAACGCCUGAUAGGAAUGCCGAGAGCAGCGACGUCGGCGAAAAGGAAUUGCCAUCAAUCCCCCCCGAGAAAUCCGCCAAGGAGGUCAAGAAGGAGAAGAGGGGAUAUCCCAAAUUCGGUCUGGGAAAGAAGAAGAGUAGCAUGUUGGGAUUUGGGUAA